AUGGGGAUUGGGACCGGGACCGGGACUGGCGCCUCCAUGGGGAUUGGGACCGGGACCGGGACUGGCGCCACCAUGGGGAUUGGGACUGGGACUGGGACUGGGACUGGCGCCACCAUGGGGAUUGGGACUGGGACUGGGACUGGUGCCACCAUGGGGAUUGGGACUGGGACUGGGACUGGUGCCACCAUGGGGAUUGGGACUGGGACUGGGACUGGUGCCACCAUGGGGACUGGGAGUGGGAGCGGUGCCACCAUGGGGACUGGGAGUGGGAGCGGUACCACCAUGGGGACUGGAAGUGGGAGUGGGACUGGUGCCACCAUGGGGAUUGGGACUGGGACUGGGACUGGUGCCACCAUGGGGAUUGGGACUGGGACUGGUGCCACCAUGGGGACUGGGACUGGGAGCGGUGCCACCAUGGGGACUGGGAGUGGGAGCGGUACCACCAUGGGGACUGGAAGUGGGAGUGGGACUGGUGCCACCAUGGGGAUUGGGACUGGGACCGGGACUGGUGCCACCAUGGGGAUUGGGACUGGGACUGGGACUGGUGCCACCAUGGGGACUGGGACUGGGAGCGGUGCCACCAUGGGGACUGGGAGUGGGAGCGGUACCACCGUGGGGACUGGAAGUGGGAGUGGGACUGGUGCCACCAUGGGGAUUGGGACUGGGACUGGGACUGGUGCCACCAUGGGGAUUGGGACUGGGACUGGUGCCACCAUGGGGACUGGGAGUGGGAGCGGUACCACCAUGGGGACUGGAAGUGGGAGUGGGACUGGUGCCACCAUGGGGAUUGGGACUGGGACCGGGACUGGUGCCACCAUGGGGAUUGGGACUGGGACCGGGACUGGUGCCACCAUGGGGAUUGGGACCGGGACUGGUGCCACCAUGGGGAUUGGGACUGGGACUGGUGCCACCAUGGGGAUUGGGACUGGGACUGGGACUGGUGCCACCAUGGGGAUUGGGACUGGGACUGGGACUGGUGUCACCAUGGGGAUUGGGACUGGGACUGGGACUGGUGCCACCAUGGGGAUUGGGACUGGGACUGGUGCCACCAUGGGGACUGGGAGUGGGAGCGGUACCACCAUGGGGACUGGAAGUGGGAGUGGGACUGGUGCCACCAUGGGGAUUGGGACUGGGACCGGGACUGGUGCCACCAUGGGGAUUGGGACUGGGACCGGGACUGGUGCCACCAUGGGGAUUGGGACCGGGACUGGUGCCACCAUGGGGAUUGGGACUGGGACUGGUGCCACCAUGGGGAUUGGGACUGGGACUGGGACUGGUGCCACCAUGGGGAUUGGGACUGGGACUGGGACUGGUGUCACCAUGGGGAUUGGGACUGGGACUGGGACUGGUGCCACCAUGGGGAUUGGGACUGGGACUGGGACUGGUGCCACCAUGGGGAUUGGGACUGGGACUGGGACUGGUGCCACCAUGGGGAUUGGGACUGGGACUGGGACUGGUGCCACCAUGGGGAUUGGGACUGGGACUGGGACUGGUGCCACCAUGGGGAUUGGGACUGGGACUGGGACUGGUGCCACCAUGGGGAUUGGGACUGGGACUGGUGCCACCAUGGGGACUGGGAGUGGGAGCGAUUCAUAUGUAAAGACUCUGGCUUCCGGCAUCUGCAAUAAUUAA